AGCGGCCGCGGGGCGCGGGGCGGUGCGGGCGGGCGGCGGGGCCGCGGGCGGGUUGGCUUUGCGGCAGCAUGGAGGAGCUGAGCAGCGUGGGCGAGCAAGUCUUCGCCGCUGAGUGCAUCCUGAGCAAGCGGCUCCGCAAGGGCAAGCUGGAGUACCUGGUCAAGUGGCGCGGCUGGUCCUCCAAACAUAACAGCUGGGAGCCAGAAGAGAAUAUCCUGGACCCAAGGCUGCUCCUGGCCUUCCAGAAGAAGGAACACGAGAAGGAGGUGCAGAACCGGAAGAGAGGCAAGAGACCAAGAGGCCGGCCAAGGAAGCUCACGGCGAUGUCCUCCUGUAGCCGGAGCUCCAAGCUCAAGGAGCCCGAUGCUCCCUCCAAGUCCAAAUCCAGCAGUUCUUCCUCUUCUUCCACAUCUUCCUCCUCUUCCUCAGAUGAAGAGGAUGACAGUGACUUAGACACCAAGAGGAGCCCUCGAGGCCGCGAAACCCACCCAGUGCCUCAGAAGAAGGCCCAGAUCCUGGUGGCCAAGCCUGAGCUGAAGGAUCCCAUCCGUAAGAAGCGAGGACGCAAGCCCCUUCCCCCAGAGCAGAAGGCGGCCCGGAGACCCAUGAGCCUGGCCAAGGUGCUGAAAACUGCCCGGAAAGAUCUGGGGGCCCCGGCCAGCAAGCUACCCUCUCCACUCAGUGCCCCCGUGGCAGGCCUGGCAGCUCUGAAGGCCCACGCCAAAGAGGCCUGUGGUGGCCCCAGCACCAUGGCCACCCCAGAGAACCUGGCCAGCCUGAUGAAGGGCGUGGCCAGCAGCCCCAGCCGUGGUGGCAUCAGCUGGCAGAGCUCCAUCGUGCACUACAUGAACAGGAUGGGCCAGGGCUCUGCCCAGGCUGCCAGCCGGUUGGCUCUCAAGGCCCAGACUACCAACAAAUGUGGCCUUGGGCUGGACCUAAAGGUGAGGACACAGAAAGGAGAUCUGGGGCUGAGCCCCCCAGGAAGCAAAGUCCCAAAGGCUCCCAGCAGUGGGGCUGCAGAGCAAAAAGGGGGGAGCACAGGGGGACCCCCACAUGCCCACAGCGGUAGCAGGAUCCCUGCUGGGUGCCCGGGCCCUCAGCUACUACCCACCCAGGAGCUGAGCCUCCAGGUCUUGGACUUACAGAGCGUCAAGAAUGGCAUGCCUGGGGUAGGCCUGCUCGCCCGCCACACCUCGACCACCAAGGGUGUCCCCACCACCAACUCAGCUGCUGGGAAGGGCUCCGGGGGCAGCUCCACUGGGGGCAGUGGGACCAGCAUGUCCACCGACACAAGCAAAAGUGAGAAGCCGGCCCCUAGGGUGGCAGCUCUGCCCACCCCUGCAGGCAAGAGGGACUGUGUUAAGGGUGGUGCUACCACCCGUGUGCAGGACAGUCGAACAGCCCCAGGAGACAUCCGCAAGGCAGCAGUGCUGCCUGAGAUGAGCGCCGGCGAGGACAGCAGCAGCUCCGACUCAGACCCUGACUUGGUGUCGCCACCCAGCACUGGGCAGAACCUGUCGGUGUCCGUCCAGACCAGCCAGGACUGGAAGCCCACUCGCAGCCUCAUUGAGCACGUCUUUGUGACUGAUGUCACUGCCAACCUCAUCACUGUCACGGUGAAGGAGUCCCCCACCAGUGUGGGCUUCUUCAACCUGAGACAUUACUGAAGGCCCUGCCGCCAGCUGCCUGGGUCUUACCUGCCUCCGCCUCUGAACUGAAACGAAGCCCAAAUCCUCUGGAGGGGCUGGGUCGGGGAAGAGGGGUGUGUGAGCUCCUCUCCAGGCAGAUGUGGAAGGGGCUUCUCCCCAGUGCCCGCCCUGUCCUGGGUCUUGGGCAGGGACCUGUGUCUUUGCCUUGGUGGGGUUGGAGUCCCCACACUCCUACCUCUUGGCUGCCGCCUCACUCUCCUGGCUCUCCUCAGGCACCUGUGGCUCCAGCCGUCUUGGAAGAGCAGGUUCCCUGAGUGCAGCCACCCUCCCCACCUGGUGGUUGGUGGCAGCUUUGCUCUGCUCUCUUUGCUAUGGCGCCUUCUCCCAAUCCAGCUUGAUUUCUCCCCCAGGGUGGGGAGAGAAAGUGUAUUGAAGGAAGUCAAACCCCCAGGACUACUCCAACGAGGGGCCCACCAGUGUCCCCUCUGCCUGGAGCAAUUUUAGGAGACAGGGUGGGGUGCAGCUGGUACAGGCAUGGCUGUUUGGAGCUCCCCUUUCCCAGCAGUGCCUGAGCCGCCAAGGGGUAUGGGUCCUACCCCACAGCAGGGGGGCCAGCUGGGGCCUUCAUGUCUAAUACAAGGUGUUGGUAGCAGCAGUUGGGCAGGGUGGGGUCAGGUGCUGGAAGGGGUGGCUUUGCAGCCAUCACACCCUAAUUCAGAAUAACAUGCAGUCCCGGAGUAGACCUGAAAGCCCGAUGGGGUAGAGGGCUGGUCCCACCGCCCAAUCUCAUAUGAAGAGCCUCCAAGUUAGGUCUGGGGGCAGGAUGUGUCACUGCCCUCCUUCCUGCUGGCCUGUGACCCUGGUCUCCUUCCAAACCAGCCACAGCCCUCUUACCAGGGCCCCUCAGUUCUGAGGGAUUGAAAGUCAAGGGACUGAGGUGUGUCCAGAAAGAAGCUGGAAAUAGUGUGCAGGCCAGCAGAAGGGUCUGAGUCAGGCCCUGGGCGGGAAAGCCUUUCUACUCCCUGGAAUUUGUCUUCUGGUAAUAAAGGCCCAGCUUAGUCCUAAUCACAGCCACAUACUGCCCUAGGGGCCACUGAGGGCAGAAGUGCAGGCACUGGCUGCAGGUGGAUGUGCUCUGCUGUCCGGCUCCUGGCUGCUUGCAGGUGUUUACCAUAGUUGCCUCCCAUGACAGCUUCCCCUUGCUUUCCCCACACAGGGCCCUGUCCAGAUGGACUGACCACUUUCCCUGACAAUCCCCAUACACACACCUUCAGGGGUUUUGUCCCUUCUAAGCUGAGAAGCAACGUCACUUUGGGAGGCAGGAUCAAGUCAGAGCAGCCCACCUGGCAGAGGAUCCCAAUAAGCCAAAGCCUGCCAGCCUGGACCUCUAAGCCUGUCCCCUACCCUGUGGACAGCUGUGUCUUGGAACUGCAGUGUAUGAUUUCUUACAACACCAUGAUUUUUGUUCUGAGACACCAGCAUAGGACAGGGACAGACCAGCAGUAGCAGCAGGCAGUCUGGUUACUGGGUAUCUGAUGCCAAAAAGAAAACUCAAGGAAUAUGGGCCUGUUUCUGUUCUUGGUUAAAGUCAGCUGCCAGGUACAGGGCUUCACUCCAGACAUGACAGGGAAGAACUGCGGUCCUCAGACCAGGGGCAGGCCUGCCAGGCUGCAAGCCCCCUAUACCUCACUCCAUGCCAAAUAGGAAGAGGUAGCGUUUGUGUAGCCAAAUUGAUCACAACAGUGUGCCUUUGGGGAGGGACCUGCGUCCUUGGCUGUUAAGAUAGGCAUGGUGCUCACCUCUGCAGACAGCAAGGCUGGAACUGGAAGUGGGCAGUGAGGGGAAGCAUUGUCCCUGCACAGCCUGGGGAGAAUGGAUCCCAGCAUGCUAGGGCGCCUUGCAGAGAAGCCAAUAGCCUCUUUGCUGCCAGACAGUAUGCUUAGAGUUCCAAAGCCAGGCUGGCAGCUGCCUCUUGGCACACCCUCAGGAGUAACCCCAGGGUCCCAGGGGCUGUUGAAGGAAUGGGGGUGUCUGUCCCUGGGAGCCUGGGAUAACUGACUGGGCCCCAGCAGCCAGGUCUCUCCAAACCCUGAUUUGGUGCCUUUCUAAUUGCCAGCUACUUCAAUCCCAAAGUUUGAACCUGCAAACACCUUUACUCCCAGCCACUUUGCCUUGCUGUGUUGUGUCUUUUCCUGGUGCUUGGGAGCCCCUGUGGUUCACAUUGCGGGGUGUGUGUGUAUAGACACAAGCAUCCCCGUUGCCAUGGCACCGGAUGCUCGGAGUCAGUUGUCUUAUGUUUACCAAUAAAUAAAAUUAGUACUUUUAAUAUUUUAUUUGCUGCUAUUUAUGUGUGUAGCUAGGCAUCUACCGCAUCUGGCUUAAGAUUCAUUGUUUCUUUAUCCCCAUGGGUCUCGUGAACUGUCGCUGUAUACAUACUGGAUGGGUGUGUGAACUUCUGUCUUGUUUGCUUCUGUAUCAUAUAGGAAGUGGCCGGUUUGUUGUAUUUUUAUAUGUAUUUUUUCAUACCAAAAAGAGUGUUCUUUAUUUUUGGUUAUACUCAGAAUUUGGCUAGAGAGGGUUCUGGGCCACGAGGGGAAGACUAGAGGUUGAACCAAUGCCAAUCGUUGGCUUGAUUUGUUUUUUAAUUUAAAAAAAUCAUGUAUACCACUUCUAAUUGCUUUAAGCUAUGGUGGUUAGUUUGCUUUCUUCAGAGAACAAAAGUGGAUAUGUUAUUUCUCUGGGUAAAAAAGAUCUUUGCUGAAAUAGGCCAGCCCCCGUAUUUAGUUGGGACCAACCCCUUCAAAGAAAUACUUCCCCCAAGGAGCCCAGGAGACUUUAGGGGAAGAGAUUGGAGGUGGGAGAGGUAGUACCUAGAUAAGCAGAUAUUUACUCAAGUGCAUUUCAUGAUUCUGUGGGUUUUCUAGCAGUUUUUAAAAACUAACACUAGCAUAGGUUGCAGAUUUAGACUGGUGUUAAUUUAUUUUGUGGGGGAGAGACAUUAGCAAAUGGUGUCAGAAGAUUUUUGUCUUUUUGUUACC